AUGGUAACUACAGAAUCAAUUGUAACUACAGAAUACAAUGUAACUACAGAAUCAAUGGUAACUACAGAACCCAGUGUAACUACAGAAUCAAUGGUGUCUACAGAUCCCAGUGUAACUACAGAACCCAAUGUAACAACAGAACCCCGUGUAACAACAGAACCCCGUGUAACAACAGAACCCAGUGUAACAACAGAACCCAAUGUAACUACAGAACCCAAUGUAACUACAGAACCCACUGUAACUACAAAACCCAUAGCAACUACAGAACUCAAUGUAGCUACAGAAUCAACUCUAACCACAGAACCCUAUGUAACUACAGAAAUAAUGGUAACUACAGAAUCAAUUGUAACUACAGAAUACAAUGUAACUACAGAAAUAAUGGCAACUACAGAAUCAACUGUAACUACGGAAUCAAUGGUGUCUACAGAUUCCAGUGUAACUACAGAACCCAAUGUAACUACAGAAUCAAUGGUAACUACAGAACCCAAUGUAACUACAGAACCCAGUGUAACUACAGAACCCAGUGUAACAACAGAACCCAGUGUAACAACAGAACACAAUGAAACUACAGAAUCAAUGGUAACUACAGAACCCAGUGUAACUACAGAAUCAAUGGUGUCUACAGAUCCCAGUGUAACUACAGCACCCAAUGUAACUACAAAACCCAGUGUAACAUCAGAACCCCGUGUAACAACAGAACCUAGUGUAACAACAGAACCCAAUGUAACUACAGAACCCAGUGUGACUACGGAAUCAAUGAUAACUACAGAUCCCAGUGGAACUACAGAACCCCAUGUAACUACAGAACCCGUGGUAACUACAGAAUCAAUGAUAACUACAUAUCACAGUGCAACUACUGCACCCAGUGUAACUACAGAACCCAAUGUAACAACAGAACCCCGUGUAACAACAGAACCCAGUGUAACAACAGAACCCAAUGUAACUACAGAACCCAAUGUAACUACAGAACCCACUGUAACUACAAAACCCAUAGCAACUACAGAACUCAAUGUAGCUACAGAAUCAACUCUAACCACAGAACCCUUGUAA